AUGGAUAAAUAUAUUCCCCUUCAUCUCAUAACAGAGAUUUUGUCAAAGCUACCGGUAAAAUCACUGUUGAAAUUCAGGUGUGUUUCAAAAUCAUGGCUUUCGGUAAUUUGGAGCCCUCAAUUCAUCAAAGCUCAUCUCAAAGACCAUGCUUCCGAAGACAACCAGCGCCUCCUCAUAUUGGGCAACUUUGGCAGCUUCAAACAUUGUUCUCUUAAGUCUUUAAUGUACGGAGAGCCUAGUCCUCGUCUGAUUACCGUUGACAUCCCAAUCCCGCUGCCUGAUGAACGAAGCGGAAGAGGGGCGUCGUCGUUUACCGAGCAUAUAAGCUGGUAUGGUCCUGUUCGUAUUGUUGGCUGUUGUGAUGGAUUGAUAUGUAUUUCCGUCACUCGAGCGAGUCAAUCCGAUUUUAUAUUGUGGAAUCCAUCAAUAAGAAAAUACAAGAAGUUGCCCAAUUUAGGUCUUCCAUCAACAUCUCCCUCAAACAGGGUCUGGGGUUUCGGGUAUGAUAGUUUUAGUGACGAUUAUAAAGCAGUGAUACUGGUAAAACAAUGCUCGAUUAAUGGCGAAGGUUUGAGGGUUGAGACUAGAGUUUACAGCAGGAAAAGUGAAGCUUGGAGAAGGAUUGCAGAUUUUCCUAGUACUCCUCGGUAUACAUCCCCUUCAUCUGGUGUGCUUGUGAACGGGAAGCUCCAUUUUUUGGCCCAUGAAAAAGUGCGUGGUAGAAUUAUUGUUUCACUUGAUCUAACGACGGAGACAUAUGGGGAGAUGGAGGAACCGAAUCAUUACGAGAGUGAUGUGUGCGUAACGUUGAGUGAAAUUGAAGGGAUCCUUUUGUAUUUUAUUAAUCCUUUCCCCGGUCCUUUUGGAAGAGGUGGUGAUCUGUGGGUAAUGAAGGAAUAUGGAGGAUCUUGGACUAAGGUGCUUACAUUUCCACAUGAACCUUCGGGUCCAUUUUGCCCAAAGCUGCUUUCUGUAUCAGCUGAGGGUGAAUUGUUGAUGCGAGAGUGUGUUGGAAUUGAGCUUUACAGUUCAAGAGAAGGUAAAUCUUUCCGGCUCUUGAAGGAGAUUUAUAACGUGUUCGAUGCUUAUUGCUUUACUGAAAGCCUCGUUUUGCCGAGUACACAUGACUCAAACUGCAAUGACAACAUGAAACCCACAAAAUUCUGA